AUGGCCUCCUCCCCCUCCCCAAUGCUGCCCUCCUCCCCCUCCGCCCACCGCCAGCCCUCUUCCCCCCACCCCGGCCAGCUCCACCUCCACCCCCGCCUCCACGCGCCUGACCGCCUCGCCCUCCUCCGCUCCCUCCCGCUCCGCCUCCGCCUCGCCAUUCCCCGCCCCCGCCUCCCCACCCUCCCCCUCGCCCUCCCCUCCUCCACCGGCGGCGGCAACAACAACAACGACGACGACGGUAACAGCGGCGGCGGCGGCGGGGACGACGAAACAGGGGACGGCGGCGGCGAGUGGGGCGGGCACCGCGGGGAGGCGCUGUUCGUGCUGGCGCAGGCGGGGAGGAAGCUCUCCAGCCUCCCCGCGGACCUCGCCGCGGCCGUCGAGGGCGGCCGCGUCACGGGCGACAUCGUGCGGCGCUUCGCGGAGAUGGACGCCUCGCCGCUGCUCCGCUGGCUGCUGCGCUUCAGGGGGUUCAGGGAGCGCCUCCUCGCCGACGACCUCUUCCUCGCCAAGCUCGCCAUGGAGAUGGGCGUCGGCAUGAUCGCCAAGACCGCUGCCGAGUACGAGAAGAGACGCGAGAACUUCGUCAAAGAGAUUGACAUCGUCAUCGCUGAUGUGGUCAUGGCAAUUGUUGCAGAUUUCAUGCUUGUAUAUCUUCCAGCACCAACUGUAUCUCUGCAGCCACCACUUGCACGAAAUGCUGGGCUUAUCACUAGUUUUUUCCACAACUGCCCAGACAAUGCUUUCCAAAUUGCUUUGGCUGGAAGAUCAUUCUCGCUUCUGCAGAGGCUAGGAGCUAUUGUGAAAAAUGGUGCAAAGCUUUUCGCAGUUGGAACUGGUGCUUCUCUGGUUGGUACUGGUGUCACGAAUGCACUGAUCAAAGCACGGAAGGCUGUUGACAAGGACCUUGACGACGAAAUUGACGAUAUUCCAGUUGUGUCAACUAGUAUUGCCUAUGGUAUAUAUAUGGCAGUUUCUAGUAACCUCAGGUACCAGAUUCUGUCUGGUGUAAUCGAGCAGAGGAUGCUGGAGCCCGUACUACAUAAACACAAGCUGCUGCUGAGUGCCCUCUGCUUCGCUGUUCGGACAGGGAACACAUUCUUGGGUUCUUUACUAUGGGUGGACUAUGCCAGGAUGGUAGGUGUUCAAAAGGCCGAAGAGGAGAUCUGAAGUUCUAGCCUUUUUGUUACCGAUCUAUACCGGAAUUCGGAAGUCGACUACCAUAUCUUGCCUGCGCCCUGGGAUGUUAUUCUUCUCUUCACAGGGAAUGCUGCGUGGCAUAGUUCACAUUAUUUUCAUGAAAGCAAGUAGAAAGAUAGAUAUAUGAUCUGUCGAAUUAUUGCGGACGAACGUCGCUGUUACUUGUCUUACCUAUCUUGCAACUUGCAAGGCCCUAUAGAGUGAAAUGUUGCUCCUUGAGCA